AUGGACGGUAUGAAGGAGCCCAAGCCGCAAUGCGGCGGCAAGAAGGGCGGAACCAGCGAGUACGAUGUCGGUCUGCACGUCGCCGGUCUUUUCUUGGUUUUGGGAUUUUCAAUCUUUGGAGCUGGAUUCCCCGUGAUGGCCAAGAAGGUCAAGUGGUUGAAGGUCCCUCCCAAGGUCUUUUUCGCAUGCAAGCAUUUCGGUACGGGCGUGCUGAUCGCAACGGCAUUUGUCCAUCUGCUUCCCACCGCCUUUGGCAAUCUCAUGAACCCGUGUCUGCCGGACCUGUUCACCGAUGAUUACCCUCCCCUACCCGGCGCCAUCAUGAUGGGUUCCAUGUUCAUUCUCUUCACCAUCGAGAUGUGGAUCAACUCCAAGGUUGGAGGGCACUCGCACGGCGGCCCAACAGGCGAUGUCAUGCAUGGGUCGCAUUCUCAUGGUGCGCACGAUCAUGCCGUGGGAAUGCCUUCUAGACCGCCGCGUUAUGGACGCAACAGCUUCGAUGCCGAGGCCGACAGCAUCGACUUUGAGAAGAAGGUUGCCCAGCGCGCCUACGACGAGAAGUUCCCGUCGUACCAGGAGAGCACCUAUGGCGCGCCCCCGCCAUCCAACUUGGCCGAUUCCGAUAUGCCACCCUGGUUCGUUGUCUUUUACGAGCAAUAUGUGCGCCAGCGCAUGGAGAUGAUGAACAUGAUCCGAUCAACCCAGGAGAAGCAGGUUUCGCAGGUCGCUGUGCAGGAGGUCAAGCAGGAAGAUCCGUUCUAUGACGAGGAGGGGCAGGCCGUUGACCCCGCUGUGUAUCGCAAGAUGUCGCUCAACAUCACCAUGCUUGAGGGUGGUAUUCUGUUUCACUCGGUGUUUGUCGGCAUGACCAUUUCCAUUACCAUUGACGGCUUCAUCAUCCUUCUCGUCGCCAUUCUUUUCCACCAAAUGUUCGAAGGUCUUGGUCUCGGUUCUCGUAUUGCUGCUGUUCCCUACCCCAAGGGCAGCAUCCGUCCGUGGGUCCUGGUCGUUGCUUUCGGUACCACCGCUCCCAUCGGACAGGCCAUCGGUCUCGCCACCCGCAACACAUACGACCCCGACAGUGCCUUUGGUCUCAUCAUUGUUGGUGUCUUCAACGCCAUUUCUUCCGGACUUUUGCUUUACGCUGCCUUGGUGGACCUCUUGGCUGAGGAUUUCCUCUCUGAAGAGGCCAACCGCAUCCUCACCAAGAAGGACAAGAUCACCGCGUUCUGCUACGUUCUCGCCGGAGCCGCUGGCAUGUCAAUCGUCGGUAUCUUCGCCUAA